UUCGAAGUGCGUGAAAAAUGAGUCAGAAAGUGUGCAAAUUUUUCCUCGCACGCAAAGAGCGCAAAUCAAUAUGAUAUGCAGAGCGAUGGGAAGGUGCCGUUUUUUUUUUUUGAGGGGAAAAAGCUUCUGGGCUUCGCGCGUGUUGGAAAAGAGAUGAAAAUUGGCCCAAAAAUAGACGUCGAGACAGCGGCAGAAUGUCAGCUCCAAAGCUAAAUUGUGGGUGUUGCGUGGUGAACGGAGACUGAGAAAAAAGGAGGUGUUUGGAAAAGCAGCCAAAAGCGAGAUUACAACACCCGCAUAUUUGGAUCAAGUGCCUUGAAUAUUAGGGAUAACAGAGACACUGUGCAGACACACAAAUCAAUUGGAUUAUAUUGUUGGUGAUAUUUAAUCCGGUGUGCGCGAAUCAAGUGAAAACCAACACGAAGGUGGAAAAGUUGCAAUCCGACGAUAAAUUAAAAAGCCUCUCUUUUUUCACCCAGAGACUAAAGUGUGAACCAGAGUGUUGAUAAAAUAGAAAUAAGCUCUGCUGCCUGCGAAAAUGAUCCACAUUGAUGAAUCAGAUCCGGUUGGCGAGCUCGAGCCGAGCUUCCCCACGCGUGAUGUCACCAUCAGACGCGGCGCCGAUGCCAAGGAAUACUACGAGAUGAUCAAAGAAAUUGGCAGAGGCAAAUUCGGCACAGUGUACAAAUGUCGUGAGAAGUCGACAGGAUUGGAAAUGGCGGGAAAGUUCGUGCCAAUCCCAAAGCGCGAGGACCGUCGAAAUGUGGAACGUGAGGUGGAAAUUAUGAAUUCACUGCAUCAUCCCAGGAUUAUUCAACUGUACGAUGCCUUCGAGUUUGGCAAAAUGAUGUGUGUCGUCCUAGAGUUAAUCGAGGGUGGAGAAUUGUUUGAGCGUGUCAUCGAUGAUGACUUUAUCCUCACAGAGAAAGCGUGUGUUGUCUUUGUGCGGCAACUUUGCGAAGCGAUGGAGUUUGUGCACAGGAAGAAUAUCCUACAUCUAGAUCUCAAGCCUGAGAACAUCAUGUGUCUGACUAGAGAGGGAAAUCGCAUUAAAAUCAUCGAUUUCGGCCUGGCCAGAAAAUUUGAUCCAAACAAGAAGCUUCAAGUUCUCUUCGGAACACCCGAGUUUGUUGCUCCUGAAGUUGUCAACUUUGACUCAAUCUCCUUUGGAACGGAUAUGUGGAGUGUUGGCGUGAUUUGUUACGUCUUACUCUCAGGACUCUCGCCCUUCAUGGGUGAAACUGACAUCGAGACAAUGGCAAAUGUGACCAUCUCAAAGUAUGAUUUUGAUGAUGAAGCUUUCCGGGACGUAAGCUCAGAAGCCAUUGAUUUCAUCUCACAGCUCUUAGUCAAGGACGCAACAGUUAGGAUGACUGCGUCUGAGUGCCUGGAACACAUGUGGCUAAAGAAGCGUCCGCCCCGUCCGAGUCUCGCACCAAAACCUGUUGCUGUGCCCCCGCCAAAGUUCAUCAAGGAACCUAGUCCUGUUCUCAACGGCAAGAUCCAAUUGCAGCCUGAGAAACUCGAUACAACCAAGGACAACCUCAAAACCUUCGUUGAAAGAUGGGGAGAGCAUCCAAAUAGUCCCUAUAUCUUCGAUACGGACACUCAGUUCAUCGCACCCUUGUCCGAGGAUUCAGGAUCCAUGUCGACUCAGCCGAUCAACGAUGGGAACCUAUCUUCUCGAGGCUGCUCACCAUCGCCUUGUGGCUCAGUGAGCAGUUCACAGGACAUUGAGGAUACAGAAAAUGAACUCAAGGACCUGGAGAAGCUCAGUCCUGAGCUUGUGAAUGGAGACGAACACUGGUCUGAGUCACCUAAGCCGACAAAUAAAAUGUUUAGGGAAUACUUGCAAUGCUUCGAACGCAGGAAUUCAGACAGCAAUUUUGUACUGAAGCACAGCAACAGCAUGGAGAAGAUCAACCUGGCAGAUGAGAUCAAAAAGCUAUCAGAUCGUCUUCUUAUGCUGUCCGCCAUGCCAGCCGACAAGGACGUGGAGAAACCAAAAGAUAAGGAAAAACCGGAAGUGAAAGAGAAGCCAAAAGAUAAGGAGAAACCAAAAACAAUGCCAAAACCCAGUGCGGACAAGUCACCAAAGAUGACGCCAAAGAAGAAGCCUGAAAUUCCAGACAAGAAGACCAAAACGAAUCUCUUAGACACCUUCAACAAGUCAAUAAAUCAGGCGAACAGCGAAAGAAGUGAAGUCAUCAGCAAAACAUCCCAGUUCUCGCGAUCGAGAAGUGUUGUGGGCAAUAGUUUGAUAAGCAGUAUCACAGAAUCCCUCUCUAGACACACUAAGACAUCCGUUAGCAUCACCAAAGAGGCCAAGAUCAACGGAUUCUCAGAGAGACUGACCAAGACCAUCGAGGAGACGCCAAAAGUUACCACGACAGAGAAGAUAAUGACCCAGAAGUCUGCACCCAUAGGUGUGCCCUGGGCCGCGGGCAACAGAAGAACAAAGUUCCGCAUGACACAACUCAGUCGGGACGUUCCGCUGGGAUCUCCGCACCAACACCAGCCAAUCUACAUCGAGGAGGCGGCGAAUACCACCAAAGACUGCCUCCUGCACCUCCUGGAGAAGUACAGCGGUGUGAGCGAGAGUAGAGCGCCCACAAUGUCCACCCUGGGGCGCCAUCAGAGCUUCUCUUGCGCCUGGGGUGUGGAGGAGGACCUGGAGCAGCGCUCCAUGAACUCCAUCAACGCCUUCUUCCAGCGACACGCCACACACGUGGGCAAGUCCUCCGUGAAGCAGAUGCAGGCGGCCAUCGAGGGCAAGGGAAAGCUCUAAAAAGCUCGAUGCGGCACUCCAUUAAAAUGUAUUCUAGCGCCAUUUGUAAAUACAGGAAUUUAAGUUUUGAAUAAAGUGAAAAGAAGGAACUUCA